AUGUCUACCAAGGUCUCGCAAGCAAUGGCAGCAGCAAUGUCGAGGCCGCAGAUCGGCAUCGAUCGUCUGCCGGCCCGCCGAGUCUCCAACGAGCCUCGCGAGGCAAUGAAUUGCAAGAGCUGUCGCAAGCGAAAGAUCAAAUGCAAUCGUACACGGCCAACAUGUGAAGCUUGUCAAGUGUUCAACUGCUCAUGCGUCUACGCCUCAGAUGCUGUCCCCAAGAAAAGAGGCCCGAAAACCGAUGUUCUUGAAGCAUUACUGAAGCGGGUCGAUGGCCUGGAAAAGCGCUUACACACAGAGGGAAAGAGUGAUGAUCUCACAGAACUCGACCCCUCCGCAAUACAAGAUACAAGUGACGACACUGCCACCAGUGGCUCACCAUCAACAUCACAACCUACUCUCGACAUUGCGAGUGCUCCGAACCAUGCGAACCAGCUAAUGUCUCCUGUGGAGCCCAGCUUACAAGCACCCACUCUCGCCCCCGAACUCCUCCUCGACACAUACUUUGCCAGGAUACAUGGAAAGCCAUAUUACAUCCUGGACGAGACUACAACACGGCAGCGUCUACACGCGAAUCAACUUCCUGGCCAUCUGGGCUAUGCGAUCUACGCAGUGAGCGCUAGAUAUGCUCCUCAUUUUGGAGGAUACAACUCUGCAGUACGAAUUGGCCAGGAAUAUGCGCGACGGUCUCGAAUGGAGCUGGACAUAGACGAGCCCUCUAUUGAGGCUCUGCAGACGCUCAUGUUGCUCUCGCAGGCGAGCCAUCAACUGGGCAAAGGAAAAAAGACUUUCAUGCUACUGACUUCUGCGAUCAGCAUGGCCAUUGCGCUUGAUCUCCACCGCGAAUUGCCAACGGGUAUGAAGGUCACACCAGCCGAACGAGAAGGCCGACGGCGACUGUUCUGGUCAUGCUAUCUCAUGGAUCGUUUCGCAGCUACCGGCUCCAAAAGACCGUCAUUGAUCGCGGAUGAAUCGAUUGUGCUGCGCCUACCUAGCUGGCAGAUGCACCCAGGCGCAAUGUUGUUAGAAGGGGAUUACUUCCCAAACGGCUCCAACUUGCAAUACAUGGGCGGGUCCGGAAAAGGCGGGCAAGGAAGCAUGGGUAUGCUGAUUGGCAUAUCAAGAAUUCUGGGGAUAACAAACCGCUACCUGGCGGCGGGAGGGGUCAAGGGCGACUCGCACUUCCCCUGGCACUCGCUAUCGAAUCUCUCCAAGAUACGGCACGAACUCGACAUCUGGGCCUCGGACACACAGGACACUUUCACGUCCAUCGAAGCCCUGUUUGGCCAGCCAGACAGCACAAUACUAGUCCUCUCGAAGCUGGUGUACCACCUGAUACAUUGCCUUGUGUACCGACCAUUCCUACCAGUCGACCUAGCAGAACUAUCCAGUACCUCACAACAUCAACCCUGGCAAAUCGAAGCUACGAACCUUUGCUUUCUGCAUGCGAACGCAAUUGCCGAACUGGCCGAGAUAGGGAGAGCAUCAUCAAUCAUCGAUUGGCCAGCGUUCGUAGGCUACUGUGUUUCCACGGCUGGCACCAUCCAUGUACACGGAGCGCACUAUCCCAGCCGGGAAGGAGAAGUUUUCUCAGUGAGCGCAGAGUUUCUCUCCCGUGAGAUGCAGCAACUUUCCGAGUUACGAUUCAUUUGGGCUGGUGCGCAGCAUCAGCGGGAGACACUGCAGACGAUCUACGGAUGCCACACCGAACUCGUCAAGUCACUGGCAAGCAACCCAAUGCGCUAUGCGCCAGUGUUUCAGCUUGAAGACUUCUUCGAUAGGUAUCCAGGUCAGAUUUUCGAUGGAUCGCACAUCACUUUCACUGAUAUUGCGGUGGAAUCGAUUCACGAAAGCCUCACAACAUACAACAUCGAACAGCGCAACAACAUGUACAUGAACAGUGGAGUGAUAGGAAACAUUCAGUCCUACUCACAACCAGUUCAGUCACAGCCUUCACAUUAUUCUAACGGACACUCUAAUAAGAGACGUCGAUCCACAGCCACAAGCUCGAAGACAGUGCAGUCGCAAGCACCGCUACCAACACCCACCACAUCCACACACCCUCCAAUUCUACGCGAGUCCAGACCAUCCAACGCUGGAAUGUCCGACUCAAGUCCAAGUCCUCUCGACGCGAAAGCAAAUCAAGGUCCCAAUUCCGCAUUUCCACCAUUCACACCACCCCCGAACAACGGUGCAUUGAAUCUUCCCGGCACAACCAACGGCAAUGGUCUAGCCCUGCCUUUUUCGCCCAACUUCUCGUUCUCGCCACUUCCGCAGUUUGCCAGCUUGGCGCCGUCCCCUGUUCCGCGUGCGGCAAACUUGAAUCUGCAGAAUGGCAACGGCCAUGAAAACACGUUUUCACAUUUCGAUCCUAUGCUCAGCAUGCCAACACCAUACGAUCAGCAGCCGACUCCUGGCGCCGGGAGUACGUCAGGCACGUCUGUGCAUACGGAUCCCGACAGCAAAGAUCCAUUUUUGAGUCUACUGGAGCAGCUUGCAGAGAACGAGGUUAGCAGGGGUGGACCGAGCGAGCUGGACUUCUUCCUGAGUGGGCAAAGCGGAUAA